AUGAGUUCAAGGCACAUGGAGAUUAUGCCUCUACACCAUGCAAGCCCUCCGGGGACACAGAGAUGCUGCUGGAAACCAUGGGUCUUGCCAACAUCAGUUGCCGUGCUUCUAGCCAUCUGCUUCAGCAUCGUGGUGCUCACUGUCCCAUCCCUCAAGAUCAUCAGUGAGCAGCACUGCGUCGCUAAGUUUGGACCAUUACCUUCAAAAUGGAACAUGACAUCUCUUGAGCCUCGUUGUGUGCGUCAGAAAGCUGACUGGAAACUGGAGAUACUUCAGGAUGGCUUGUAUUCGAUUUAUGGCCAAGUGGCACCCAAUAUAACCUACAAAGAAAAAGCUCCUUUUGUGGUGUGGCUACGUAAAAAUAAAGGCAUCCUACAAGCUCUGAAAAACAUCACUGAAAUCCAAAAUGUAGGAGGGACUUAUGAGUUGCAUGCUGGAGAUGUAAUAGAUUUGAUUUUUAAUGAUGACUAUCAAGUUCUAAAGAAUAAUACAUUCUGGGGGAUCUUACUGCUUGCCAAUCCCCAAUUCAUCUUCUAG